UCUUUGCCAUUCAUUUCAUUUCUAUUUCUGCCUGAAAUUGGGUGUCAUUUCAUAUUUUCUGAUUCUUCUCUGUUAUGGCUGCGCAGUAUUUAGUCUCUGUUCCUGCAAAGGCCACAAAGUCUGUGGAUUUUACUGACAAGUUGCCACGUUUCAUUGCCAACAACUAUGAGGAGGAGGCUGGUACAUUCCGAGACGCAAUAAAGGAACUAAACGUACUGAGAGAGUCCACUGUCGUAAAGUCACCCGACAAGCACGAAACUGGGCUAGACCUCAUUAUUAGGUAUCAUGAUCAACUGGCAGCAAUUGAGAAUAAGUUACCAAUAUCUGAGAGUCAGAUACACAUAAAGUUUAAUUGGCACGAUGCCUUCUCCACUGGUUUACUCAGCUCAAAGAAUGCUUCAAUGGUGUCUGGUUUAUAUGAGAGAUGCUGUGUUUUGUUCAAUAUUGGUGCUCUACAGUCUCAGAUUGCAAAGUCUCAAAAUUUUGAUAGUGACGAGGGCCUAAAGGCUGCUGCCAAGCAUUUUCAAGGUGCAGCCGGCACGUAUCAGCAUCUAAGGGAGCAGGUGUUUGCUCACCUCCAGUCCUCACCAACUCCUGAUCUAUCAGCUGAAUCACUGACAGCUCUGGCUACACUUAUGCUGGCACAAGCUCAAGAAGUCUGUGUAUUCAAAGCUUAUAAAGAUAAAAUCAAGACUCACGUUAUUGUUAAACUGGCAAUGCAGUGUUCCGAUUUAUAUUCUGAGGCUCUCAGUAACAUGAUGGUUGGUUCGGUCCGCGGCCAGUGGGAGAAAGGAUGGCUGGCCAUUGUCUCAGGGAAGAGCCAGUACUUUCACGGAGUUGCUCAGCAUCAUCUCGGACUUGUUGCUCAGAGCAAUAAAAGUUUUGGUGAAGCUGUAGCUAGAAUGAAGAAAGCUUCAGAUUUGGUUCGUGAGGCCGACAGGAGAGGAGAGGUAUUCUUCAAACCAUACGAGCUCACCUCAUCUCUGAAGAAAGACUUGGAAGCCGUAGAAAAAGACAAUAAUUUCAUAUAUAAUGAUCGUGUUCCUGAUUUUGGGACUCUUGAGCCUCCUGGUAAAGCCUCCAUUGCUAAGGCAAUACAGUUUCAGUCCCCAGCCUCAAACUUCCUUGAUUUAUUUGCCAAUCUUGUUCCUCUACCUGUCAGUCGUGCUAUGUCCAAUUAUAACGGCAAGAAGGAUGCACUUGUCAAUGAGGAGCUUGAGAAACUGAGGAAUGCAACAUCUUCCUUGAACGAAAACCUUGCUAGUAAGAAUCUUCCAGCUGCCAUUGAAGACACUGGCGGUAAUGCUGUGCCUGACUCCAUUAAAGAGAAGAGUCAAGGGAUUCGUGAGCAAGGAGGGAUACAAUCACUUGAAGAUAAACUUUAUUCACUACCUGAACUGCUAACAAGGAACAGAGAGAUACUUGAUGAGACUCAGAGGAUGCUUGAUGAAGAAGAGAGAGAUGAUACAGCACUGAAGGAGAGAUUUGGCUCAAAAUGGAAGAGAACUACAUCAAAUGAACUGACACAGAGCAUUCGUAAUGAUGUUGUAAAAUUUCAAGGAAUUAUCGAAUCAGCAACUAAAGCUGAUUCAACCGUUAGAGAGAAAUUUGAGACACAUCGUCCAGCUAUGGUGACACUCACAAAGAGCGAGACUGACCUUGAAGCAUCUCUGCCUAAAGCUGGUGCAAUGGCAGCCGUCAAAGCUGGAAGCCCAUCUGUCCAAGAGCUUCGUUCAUUGAUGGAGGAUGUGAAAACUAUAAAAGCUGAGAGAGAAGUGUUGGAGCAACAGCUAAAAAGGCCAAUUGCUGACAUUAUCCCAAAGUUUUUACAGUCACUCAAAGAAUUAGGAGAUGUUGAUGAAGAAGCAAUAUCAGAAGCACAUCUUCGUACAGAAUAUGGAAAAAUACAAGAACAGGUGGCUGAGAGUGUGGAGCGCCAAGAAGUAUUAGAGCGUAAGAUCAAUGCGGCUUACGUCCAGUUUCAACAAGAGACAGAGCAAAGAGGAGUCAGUGAGCGAGAUCAGAUGCUUAAAGACCUUGCUGCUGGCUUUGAUGCAUACAUGGAGCUCUCCAACAACCUUGCUGAAGGAUCAAAGUUUUACAAUGACUUGACUCCACUCCUGGUCAAGAUACAAGGGAAAGUAUCUGAUUUUGUCUAUGCCCGCACGACAGAGAAAGAUGACUUACUAAAAGAUUUACAGCGAAACAUUGCAUCAACUCCAAGCCAACCAGCACCACCUGUACCACAAUACCAACAAGGUAAGGAGCAACCACCUGCUAGGCCACCACCACCUGCUGUACAACAGAGCCAACCACCUCCUCCUUCUCAACCCUCUCAUAAUCCAUCAGCUCCUCCACCUCAAGGCUCUUACUACCAACAGCCACCACCACAAGGACAGCCACCACCACAAGGACAGCCGCCACCACAAGGAGGUUAUGCUCCACCAUAUGGGUAUGCCCAAGGUCCUCCUCCUCCUCAUGGAUAUUAUCAGCAGGCACCACCACCUGGUGCUUAUGCUCCCCCUCCUCAAGGAUACCACCCUCCACCUCCUCACGGGUAUGCUCCUCAACCUUACUACGGGGCACCUCCCCCUCAAGGAUAUUAUCAGCCACCGCCACCACAUGGUUACGGACAGCAGCAACAACCUUAUCAACCUCCUCCAAGACGUUGAGUGUACUGAUAAUUAGUAUACUCACUGCUUUCGUUGUAGGACUAUUAUUGUAUUGUGUACUACAUCUAAUUAUUAUUAUUUUGAUUCAAGUGUUGUUUUUGUUAUUGAUGACUAAUAAUUUUUGUUUUAGAUUUAACGUUUGUUGUCUCUCAUUGGGUUAAUUAAUAAAUAAA